AACUUGGCAGCGCUGUUCGGUUCUUAUUUCCAACAGUCUGGCAGCACCAGCAAACAGCUGUAUAUUACUUCAUCGGCGAUUUCGGUGCGAAAGCUGAAGAACCCAAUAAAUUCAGUUAGUUUGCAAUGAAAUCACAGUACCUAAACCAGCUGCACACGGCCGAAAAAUUGGUCGCCGAGCCCUGGCCCGAAGACGCCACUCUCUACCAGCCCUAUGAAGCGGAACAAAUCCUGCUGCCGGAAAACGCCAGUUGCCUGGCUGUGAAGGCUUACCUGAAGAUGUGCAACCUGCCCUUCGGGAUCCGAUCCUGCGCCAAUGCGGAGCACAUGUCGCCGGGCGGCAGGAUGACCAAGUUGCCCUUCAUCCGAGCAGGAGCGUUCAUUUUUGCUGAGUUCGAGCCGAUUGUGAACUUUGUGGAGCAGAAGCACCUGGCCAUUGGCAACUGGCAGGACGAGGACGAGAAGGCCGACAUGCGCACCUAUGUGUCCCUGGUGGAGAACAUCUUUACCAUGGCUGAGCUGUAUAUAAGCUUCAAGAACGAGCGCGUCUAUAAGGAGGUCACUGCGCCCAGGAACGGAGUCGUCUUUCCAUGGCCCCUUAAUCAUAUGCAGAACUAUGGGAAGCGGCGGAACGCCCUGCGUUUGCUGAAGGUGUAUCAGUGGGACGACCUGGACAUCGACAGUGUCAUCGAUAAUGUGGCCAAGUGCUGUGAGACCCUCGAGUACAAGCUGAAGGAGUCGCCGGAAACGCCCUUCUUCUACGGCGAUCAGCCCUGCGAACUUGAUGCCAUCGCCUUCGGACACCUCUUCAGCAUUCUGACCACCAAUUUGCCGAACAUGGCGCUGGCCCAAACGGUGCAGAAGUACAAGCACUUGGUCGAGUUCUGUCGCUUCGUCGAUGAGAAGUACUUUCAGACCAGCAAAUAACAUGUUGGCCAAUGAAUUUGUGUAAGUAUUUGUUAUAAUACAUCAAAUAAA